CUGGAAAUGUUGAUUAAAAAGGACAGGGAGAGAUUUUCAGAGAGUUGCAAGGGAAAUAAACGUCAUCCGUAUUUCCAUCAUCGUCUUUGGUUCCCAAAUGGUUCAGUGAAGUGUUAUUCGUAAGUAGGGAAUAGAAUAGGAAUGGAAAUAAAUAAAAAUGUUUAUCGACACUUUUGAAUGUUCAUAAAUUUUUUUAGCAUUUGUGACGACAAUUGCUGUCGUGUAAUUUAUAUAAUGAUGAAUGCAUAUACAUACAUUCCGGACCCAAGCAUUGCUGGCUGUCUUGCUGUUCCCAUCCCAUCCUGCACUGCAGCUGUCAGCUAGCUUGCAGGCUGCUGGUUGCACUUCUGACUUGCUUCUCAGUUUGCCCUGAGCUAGCCUUCUGGUGAAGAGGGCUCCCGCAUCAGUCUGAUACAUGACACACUUGAAAGGGGAAGAGGAAUAUAUCUGCGCUUUUCUUGGAACCCCGAGCGACCAUAUGACUUUAAAAAUACCAAAACUCCGGACCUUUGGGAUUUAUUGGAGCUAGUUCAUUAGCUAGCAUUUCACGCGAAAAGGAUGUCGAAACGACUACGGAACAGUGAAGUCUGCGCCGAUUGCAGCGUUUCUGAUCCUCGUUGGGCUUCGGUAAACAGAGGAGUACUAGUGUGUGAUGAAUGCUGCAGUGUUCACCGAAGCCUGGGGAGGCACAGCUCACAAGUCAGACACCUGACACACACGCCAUGGCCCCCUACUCAGUUACAGAUGGUGCAGACGCUCUACAACAACGGGGCCAACUCCAUCUGGGAGCACACCCUGCUGGACCCCGCCUCCAUCAUGAGCGGCAAGAGGAAGGCCAACCCGCAGGACAAAGUCCAUCCGAACAAGGCCGAAUUCAUCAGGGCCAAAUAUCAGAUGCUGGCGUUCGUCCACCGGAUGCCCUGUAGAGACGAUGACAGCUGCACAGCCAAGGACUUGAGCAAGCAACUGCACUCGAGUGUGCGCACUGGGAAUCUGGAGACCUGCCUGCGGUUGCUGUCACUGGGAGCGCAGGCCAACUUCUUCCACCCGGAGAAAGGCAACACGCCCUUGCAUGUAGCAGCCAAGGCCGGGCAGGUGUCUCAGGCGGAGCUGCUCACGGUGUACGGGGCCGACCCGGGCGCACCUGACACCAGCGGCUACACGCCCAUCGACUAUGCAAGGCAAGCUGGACACCAUGACUUAGCGGACCGCUUGGUGGAGAUCCAGUAUGAGCUCACGGACAGACUGGCCUUCUACUUAUGUGGCAGGAAGCCAGAUCACAAGAACGGGGAACACUUCAUUAUACCUCAGCUGGCCGACAGUAGCGUAGAUUUGUCAGAGUUGGCAAAAGCGGCCAAGAAGAAACUUCAGUCGCUCAGUAAUCAUCUGUUUGAGGAGCUGGCGAUGGACGUGUAUGACGAAGUGGACAGGCGUGAAACAGAUGCCGUUUGGCUCGCGACCCAGAACCACAGCACCUUGGUAACGGAGACAACAGUCGUGCCUUUCCUUCCUGUCAACCCCGAGUACUCGUCGACGCGAAACCAGGGACGGCAGAAACUGGCCCGGUUCAACGCACACGAGUUUGCCACUCUCGUUAUCGACAUCCUGAGCGACGCCAAGCGCAGGCAACUGGGGAAUUCAGUCACAAGCCCGCGAGUCGAUAACGUGGAACUCAUCCUGAAGAGCGUGGGCGGUUGUCCAGUGGACGACCGGCAGGAUAACGACCAGCCGGACUACGACAGCGUGGCCUCGGACGAGGACGGGGACCUGGACCCAGCCUCAGGGAAGACCGAUCGGGCGAAGAGUCUAGACUCGGACCUGUCGGACAGCCCCGUGUCCGUCCAGGAGUUCCAGGAGGUGAAGAACGCGCUGGCCUUGUCCGAGGCCAAGAUCCAGCAGCUGCUGAAGGUCAACAGCAACCUGAGCGACGAGCUGCGCCACAUGCAGAAAAAGCUUCAGUCUCUGCAGUGCGAGAACUCCUCUCUCAAGCGCCAGGGCCCCGUCCACUCCUCCUCCUCCUCCUCCUCCUACCAGGCCCCCGGGGGGCCCGACUACCCCGACCCUUCCUCGUGCCUCCCUCACCCCCCCUCCUCCUUCUCCUCCUCCUCUUCCUCCUCCUGCACCACCACCUCUUCCUCUUCCUCCUCUGCCCUGAAACGCCGCCCGUCCGGCCGCGGCAGCCGGGCCAUGUCUAUGUACGAGACGGGCUCGGGCCUGAAGCCCUUCCUCUCCCGGGGGGAAACCCCUUACCCCGAGGACCUCCUCCCCACCCUGCAGCCCUUCCCUCCUCAUACCACCAAGCAGAGCAGCAUACUCGACGGUGACUAUGACAACACGGUCAAUGAUGCUGAGCUGGAGGACAGUGGGGCCGCCAGGAGGGGCAGGCUGAGGAGCAGCGGCUGGCCAGGGGAGACGGGCUCCAUGGCCGAGCUGGACGACCCGGAGGCCGAGAGCGACGGCAGCCUGCCCAGCACCGAGGACGUGAUCCGCAAGACGGAGCAGAUCACCAAGAACAUCCAGGAGCUGCUGCGCGCCGCGCAGGAGAACAAGCACGACAGUUUUGUACCCUGCGCAGAAAGAAUACAUGUGGCUGUGAGUGAGAUGGCGGCUCUUUUUCCCAAGAAGCCGCGCUCGGACACGGUGCGAGGCGCCCUGCGUCUGCUGACCUCCAGUGCCCAGCGGCUGCAGAGCGAGUGCCGCAAGGCGGCGCCGAUGCCCGAGAGCGGACCGGGCCAGUCGCUGGGGCCCGACAUGCAGCUGGUGACGCAGCAGGUCAUCCAGUGCGCCUAUGACAUCGCCAAGGCUGCCAAGCAACUCGUGACCAUAACAACCAAAGAGAACAACAACUGAAUUCCGCAUCAGCACCCCCCCUCCAAGCAAAUUCCCUUCCUUUGGCAGCGUCGGACCACACCUUUCAGCCAGCACCUUAUAGCUCCUGCCCCCUCAGACUCCAUCUCCCAGUGGAUUUGAUCUCUGUUCAUCAUGUCUGCUUGUUUGUUAGUUUGUUUGUUUGUUUUCUUACAAAUACAAUAUCCUUGUUUGUUUUGUAUUUUGUAUAACUAUUUGAAGCAUAUGCAUGAUGGUAUUGUAUUUUUAUUUUGUUUUGUUUUGUUUUUUUACUUUGAAAUUAUUGUGAAUAUAAUAUAUUCAUGUAUAGGAAAAACAAUUCCUGGCGGGUUCCUUGCCUAAAAGCCAUAGGGCAAGGAACUGCUUUGCCCUUGCAGUGCGCUGAAACUGAAGGAUUCAGUUAAGAGGCAGAGUAUGUGUUGGAGGAUGGGAAUGAUACAGGAUGUAUGAUUAAGUGGGGCAGUUUGCAUGGUCUCAUAGGUUGUCAGAAAGGACACCCUAACCUUUUGCACUAAAUGAUAUAGGUAGUCGUGCAGUAAGCUAUGAUGCAAUGUUUAGGUAAGGGUAAAAUUAUGUAUCACUCAGGCCAUAAAACUAAAGUGAAACAACUAGCCAACUUGAAAGAUAAAAUGUUGAAGAAUGUUGAAAUUAUUAUCUACAUGUUGUCAGCUGUAAACAAAACAGAAAAGUAGCUCUGCUACAGUAUUCCUCUCACUGUUAGCUGUGAAGAAAGCCUCAGUGUCGUAACGUUUCAAUUCAUUAAGUCUUCAUGGAAUUCCACAUCAUAUCAAGAUCCAUGACCCUUUUCCCGGGAAGUUUCAAAAGGAAAAUGUGGGAGGCGGCCUGCCCUCCUACAGAGUGACGUAAUGCAAAGCUUAUAUACCUCAUCUAGCCCUAUGCGCCAUAUAGCAGUGGUUUGCCUCCCUCCAGUAGUACUUAAAGAAUGUAGUUCAGAUGCUGUUUAAUGAUAGUGGUUCCCUUGAUGUGAUAGUAACCUUUUUUUUAUCAGGUAUGUGAACAUUGUUAUUACUGCCAACAUACAGUAUGUUAGACUAGGGAAGGAAUGGAAGAUGGGCCAUUCUUCUUGUUUUCAUUUUCCGUUGUCCUACAACUUUUUUGCGAAAAGCAUUCUGAACCUUGUACAAAUAUCAACUUCCAUUCAAAAGGCACUUAUAGCAGAGAUUAAUAUAUCAGAAUAAAAACAUUCGUGCAGGGACUAUCUAGCCGUCACUCCUACCAGCAAAAUACAGUGUGCUUCUACCGAGUAGUAGUCCUUGUUUGGUUUUUAUAAAUGUAUUUUUCUUUUUU